CCGCCCGGCCCCGAGCCGCCAUGGCCGCGCGUCCCGCCGCGCCGGCCGAGCUGGGCUUCGCGGAGCCGGCCCCGGCGUGGCGGCUGCGCAGCGAGCAGUUUCCCAGCAAGGUGGGGGGGCGGCCGGCGUGGCUGGGCGAGGCCGGGCUGCCGGGGCCCGCGGCGCUGUCGUGCCCGCUGUGCGGCCGCGCGCUCGCCUUCCUGCUGCAGCUCUACGCGCCGCUGCCGGGCCGCGCCGACGCCUUCCACCGCGGGCUCUUCCUCUUCUGCUGCCGCGCGCCGCCCUGCUGCGCCGGCCUGCGAGUUUUCAGGAACCAGCUACCCAGAAAAAACGACUUUUUCUCCUUCGACCCACCUGCCGAGGAUCCACCACCGGAGACUGGAGACUCCGUGCGCCUCCAGCUCAAGUCAGGGGCGCACCUCUGCAGGGUCUGUGGGUGUUUAGGCCCCAAAACGUGCUCCAGGUGUCACAGGGCCCAUUACUGCAGUAAAGAACAUCAGACUCUAGACUGGAAGUUGGGACAUAAGCAGCUUUGUGCACAACCAGAUAAUUUCAGCGAUACAGUUCCAGACCACAACUUCCUUUUCCCAGAAUUUGAAAUUUUAAUAGAAACAGAAGAUGAGAUUACUCCUGAUAUUGUGGAAAAAGAGGACUUGGAGAUUAUAGGGAGUAUGGGUGAGGCGACUGAAGAAGAAUUAGAAUCCAUGGCAAAACAUGAAUCCAGGGAGGAUAAGAUUUUCCAGAAGUUUAAAACUAAAAUAGCCCUUGAACCGGAACAGAUUCUUAGAUAUGGCAGAGGGAUCGCCCCCAUCUGGAUUUCUGGUGAAAAUAUCCCUCAAGAAAAGGAUAUCCCUGAUUGCCCCUGUGGUGCAAAAAGAAUAUUUGAAUUUCAGGUCAUGCCUCAGCUACUCAACUACCUAAAGGCUGACAGGCUGGGUAGAAGUGUUGACUGGGGAGUUCUGGCGGUCUUCACCUGUGCUGAGAGCUGCAGGCUGGGAACUGGCUACAUGGAAGAGUUUGUCUGGAAGCAGGACAUCACAGAUACACCCUAGAGAUAUCUAAUGCUCAUCAUUCUCAGACCAUGCAAUUUGAUUUCUAUGAUUUUGUCUAAGUGAUAAUAUCAGAAUUACAGGUACAAUGAUGUUUUAAGUGUCAUAAUGCCUCAGUUGGACAAAACCAUGCUGGAAAUAAAUAUAUUUGGCUCAUUUAG